AGACGCUCGAAAAUGGGGAGGGAGUGUGUGCCUUCUUAGCAGCCAAAAGGUUAUCAGCACCCAAGGAUUGCAGAAUGAGAGCUUCUUUGAAGGGGGUGAACUGCCCCCCUCGACCUUUCCCAAUUCCCCAAAGGGGGACCGCUGAACAUUUACUAACUGCCUUAGAGAAUCCAGCGUUUUAGAGAAGGCGGGCUUUACUGCCGAGUGACAAGUGGGCGGACCAACCAGAAACUCAGCUGGGAGUUACCUGCUGGAACCUGCAGGUGCGUCUUGAGUUUCAUCCCUGAUUUCCCUGGAACGGAAACAUAUUCCUCGAAUAGGAGCGUCCAGAAGCGACUAAGCCAGGGCUUGGAACAUGGAUCCCAUCUCCACCUGGAAUACUAAGAUGGUGGCGGCCUGGAUGAGAGGAUUGGAUCCAGCAUUACAAGACUAUCCCUUUGAGACGUGGGGCCUGACUGGGAAGGGGCUGCUUCAUCUGUCCUAUCGGGACCUGGAGGAUUUGGGGAUGAGGCGCGUCGGCCAUCAGGAGCUGCUUCUGGAAGCUGUGGAGCAACUCUGCGUAUUGAACUAUGACCUGGCCACAACCAACCUGCAGGUGCUGACUGAGAAGCUGCAAGGCAUUGUAAGGACGAUUCAAACCUUCAUCCUGAGCCGUAGGAAAGUUAGCACCUACGACGGAUACACUAUGGAGAAACCCUCUUCGGACCUCCUGGCCUGUGUGGUGGAGCUGAUCGGUGCUGCAAAGGGUCUCUUCUUAUGGCUCAACAGGUACCUCUUCUCCCACCUUAAUGAUUAUUCAGCCAGCAAAGACAUCAUCUGGCUGUGUGGAGAUCUAGCAGAGAUUAUGAAAGCGGACUGCACUCUGUCUGAGAGGGAGGACCGGAUUUUACUGAUUGGCAGACACAUCUCAGGAAUCUGCGAGCAUAUCUUGAAUUAUAGUCCAGCUGAACUCCUGCAUCGAACUGCCAUCUUGGAGACAGUGGAACUUGUGGCAGCAGGUCCAGAGGACAGUUUGGGCAUUGAGAUUAAGUCCUCGCCCACCUGUCUCCAUUUCAUAUCGGGAACUGCCCCAGAGUCCCCGGCUGAGCACUGCAGCAGCGGGAUCCUUCCAGGGGACGAGAUAGUGCAAGUCAACAACCAGGUGGUGGUGGGCUGGACGCGGAUGAAUCUGGUGAAAAAGCUUCUUGAGACGUCAAGUCAGGUGACUUCGGUGCUGAAGAAAAUACCACUUGUUUCCCCAGGGACUCCCAGUUCUCCUGAGUCUUCUCCUCUACAGCAGAAGGUGCUGGGAGGUUUGUUCGAUGUUGUGGAAACCCUGAGCUUGCAGAGUGAUGAGUCUGCGACCAGUUUUGCUUCUUCGACUUCCAGCAUGGCUGCUGAGGUGGAUGGGAGACCAGAUUUUCUUCUAGGUCUUCCUGCUGAUGAAGAAGAGCAGGAAGCAACCAAUUCAUGGCAUCCGGACGGCUCGCUAGAAGAACCUUCUGGGGCAGGUGCAUUUGCUGAACCUGUGCUGGAAGGUGAGAGCCUUGAAGGAUCCAGAUCCCCUGAUGCUGUUACCCCUGCCAGACCCAGUACCUUGGAACUUGAAUCGGAAGACUCCACAACCCCUGAGAAUGGGUUUGUCAGAGGAAUCAGAGGGCUGGGACCUGCAGGUUCUUCCAAAGAGGGCAGUGUUGAAUAUCGACGAAAGCAAAAAGGAAUGGCAACCCGACUGAGUCGCCGCCGAAUCUCCUGCCAGGAUCUGGGGCAGGUGGACUGUGAUGGUUGGCUCCUUAAGAAGAAAGACCAUGGGGGCUUCAUGGCCCAGAAAUGGAAGCGGUUCUGGUUCGUGCUGAAGGGUCAAGCCCUCUACUGGUACAGCAACCCCAACGAUGAGAAGGCUGUGGGUUUCAUCAAUGUGUCGGCGUACAGACUGGAAAGCAAAAAGGAGCAGAAGAAGAAAUAUGUCUUCCAGCUUACCCAUGAGAAAUACAAGCCCUUUAUCUUUGCAGCAGAGACCCUAGCUGACCUGAGCAUGUGGGUCAGCCGUUUGAUAACUUCUAUGAUGAAAUACACUCCAGUCCAUAAAUAUGUUCCACAUAGGCAAGAAGAUUGCUACAGUGAAACAGAAGCAGAGGACCCUGAGGACGACUCUCCUAGGCAUAGCUUUGAUCUGCCAAAGCGGAGGGAACUGGAAAAAGAUCAGCUGCUAACAGGAGCCGCAGGGAAUAACGAAUCCCCAAGCAGUAGUCCUCUGGGUAGUCCCCUCCCAAGACAAAAUGCAGACCACAGCCCAGCAUCACCCUCUCCCACAGAUCCUUCAGGGGAAGAACUGGAGUCUUUGAUCAAGUGUCUGAAGCAAGGCGGAGUGUCUCUCAUUGGGAAACAGCAGGUGUUCACCCGCGAAUAUUACCGGAAGUCCUUUGUCAAGCGCAACAAGAACCCGGAGAUCAACGAGAAGGUUCAUCUUGUUCGGACCCUCCAAAGCACACUCAAGGCAAAAACAGCUGAACUUCAGCUACUCGAUAUUCUUCUGGAUGACUCUGAACUGACCUCUGAGAAAUUCAGCACAUGGAAAGAACAACAUCAGGAGUUGUACCAGGAAAUCCAGGCCUGGUGGGCCAAGAGGGUGAGCCAAGAGGAUGGCGCAAGAACAGACUAUGUGUCGGACUUCAACCCAGAGGACACUGCUGCUGCUGCUGCUCCAUAAACUAUUUUGUCAGCAGGAUAUGUGCUCUGUGGAUAUUACCAUCCUCCCUAUUCCCAUAAACAAAUUCAGGUGGUCCUCUCAUCCUAUAGAGAAAGAAUAUGAAUGACAAAGAACUUCUUGCUGAACUGAGAGAUUAGGAAGCUUGUUUGUUCUCAUGACGGGCAUUUUGAUUUCAUCUGGGUUUAUUUUUUUAAAGAAGACUGACACAUGAUUCUGACAGUGCAAAAGAGAAGCCUGACCAAGGGAGCAGGACACUAACUGCUGUCUGUGGACCAACAUCUUGGAAAAAGCUGAAAAAGCAAGAUUUUAAAGUUGCUUUCCAUAGCUUUGUUUCCCUUGAGAAAGUUAUUCAGAAAGCAGCGAUUUCACUAACACGUUUCAAGUUGAAACACUUAUGUGUAAUUUUAAUAACUAAAAAGGCAUCCUAGCAAUGUGUGUGGUUUUCAAUUUUAAAUGACCGGUGGUUUGCAUCAGGAACCCAGCUUGGGUUAAGAAGUGGGAUAAGCAUAUGCGAGAAUAAAUAAUAUUGGCUACAUGUACUAUUAUGCUGCAAAAAAUGCUCUGACAAUAUAUAGAUUCAAGCCUGUCAAACAUGUUACUUUGCAUAUAUCUUCAAAAUGAUGACGUUCAAAUUGUCCAGUCCCAAAACAAUGAAGUGUAUGUUGAGCUAUAAUAAAUCAAGGAUUUUUUUUAGGACAAUGCUUAUCCUUUUUAAAAAGAACACUUUUGGAUCCUGCAAUCCCCUGCAAUUCAAAGACACCCUUUUUAUCUUGUAUUUAUAUCAGAUUCAUGCAUGUUUGUGUUAAUUAUAGCCAUCCAAGUAGACUUCCAUUAUUAGGCAGAAGUGGGUGUCAUAUUUUAAGAGGCUGUAAUGAUGCAUAGAUAGUGUCUGGCAGGACAUGCCCUUUUAAUACCCCGCAAUGUCCCUGUUGCACAGUCACUGUAGGCAUUGUGGGAAAUCAGCUGAUUGGUGCUGACAGCAAACCCCACUAUCCAAUCAGGAGCACAUUUUAAGGCCCCUGCUUUUUCCUUUAUAGCCACAGCUUUAGCUGCCCUAUACAGGGGCGUAGGAAGGGAGGUGCGGGGGGGAGGGUGUGUGUGCGGCAAGCCCUGGGUGUCAUCCUUGAGGGGGGUGACAAAAUGGUAUACCGCGGGAGUCGGCACUUACCUUGGGGCCUGGCCUGUAGCGCGCCCGAUCCACGUGUGUCUCCUGGGAGUGAUGCAGUAGCUUGGGGCUCCACGCUGCCCGAAAUGGCAGCGUGGGGUUUGCAUCCGCCAGUGUGGUGCCCCCAUAUGCAGAUCGCUGUGGCACCAUCGUGUGGCACCCCCAUGGGCGGCUCACCCCACCCUCGUGGACAGCUUGCCCCGCCCCCACCACUCCGGGUGCCGGAGCAGUGAGCUAUGCCCCUGGCCCUAUACUUGGUCACAUAUGACUUGCUCAUUGGGGUGCAGAUUCACAGAAUCGUAGUUCCUCAGUGCUGUUCCAGGGUAUCUGGGUUCAAACCUCACCUGCCCCUUUUAAAACUUUGGGCAAGCUUAGACAAAACCAGGAACAGUGGUUACCUAUUUGUUCAAGGAGUUUCCUCCUAAUUAUUUAUGUUGCUGCUGGAAUUAUGUAUAUUUUUUGCCAUGGUUUAACCAGAGCUUGUAUAAUUUAAUAUGCCCUUUUUGUGUUGGUUGUUUAAAGUCCUUUGUUGAUCUUUUUGUAAGUCACUGCAUUCUUUUAAACAAAAAAGUAACUUCAGCUUCAAAAAUAAUAAAAUACUUCAUAGGGACUUGUUGCAAGAUCAAACAACUUGCAAAAUCCUUAAAGUAAAAUAAAAAACCUGUAAGUGCUGAAUGAUAAAUAUUUCUGACUUCUCAUUUCCUGCAAUUCUUUCCAAGAAGUGGAAGGGUUUUGUUUUGUUUGCUCCAAAGCUCUGCGUACCUUCACUAUUAUCUAAACUGAGGCACCAAUACAGCGCUGGAGAAACAAGUAUCCUGAAGAGGGAACUCUUGGCAUUGCAGUGCAGGAUUCUAUCACAAACAUUCCUUCCUAGUUAUUCAUUGAUGGGUGGAGGCAGGAAGAGAGGGAGUGGCAGUGUUAAAUCACUGUACUGACCAUAGUAAAGCUUAAAACCACUUUAUUUCCAAAAUAAACACAGAAUCUCAAAAAGAAUCCCACAGUCUAUUAAUGCUUCCUCUUAGCAGUAAGACUUUGUCAAAAUAGGGAUGCUCCAUAAAUCUAAGUCCUCAGGGAAAUCAAAAUAGGAAAGGGUCGCAACUCAGCAGUAGAGCACCUGCUUUGCAUGAAUAAAAUCCUGGGUUCAAUCCCCAGCAUCUCUAGCUAGCCUUUUGCCUGAAGCCCUGCAAGUCACUGCCAGUCAGUGUAGACAGUACUGAGCUAGAUGGAUUAAUGACCUCACUCAUUAUAAGGCAGUUUUCUAUGUUGCUGUUGCAAGAGAAGGUCUGAAGCUAUAAGCUUUCCGACUUGCAGUUUUUGCUAGUGGCUACAGGGAGCGCGGGUAUGUCUGUCUGAUAGACAUGAGCACCGUGGUGAUCGAGAGGGAAAGCGCCAAGGCGAGGUGCCCCCCCAAAAAAGAUCCACCAGGGUCGGGGGGUCGUCGAGAGGUCCAGCUGAGCGCAAGAUCUCUUCCGCAAGUCCCGAAAACACCCACCAAAUUAAAAUAAGAUAAAGUUUAUGGAAGGAAAUUUGAACUGAAACAAUAAAAAGUGAUGGUAUAUAAUUAAGGUAAAAUAACAAGGAUAAGAAAAAAGAGGUUUAAGUAUAAUUAUGCAGAAAAUAUAUAUAUUCAAUGAACCAGGAAAGGAAAUGGAGGGAAUUCAGGAGGUUAAAGAGAACCUCCGAAAAGAUGUUUUUUUGUUUUAGUUCUUAUAUUCCAUGUUUGAUAUUUUGCAUUUCUCAUUCUUUUUCUUUCUCUCUCUUUUUUUAAUGGAAAAUAAUUGUUGAAUUUGAAAUUGUAAAACCAAUAAAAAUUUAUUUACAAAAAAAUGAAGCUAUAAGCUUUCUGAUGAAAAGCCAAAUUUUAAAAGGGUAGAGUAUUUGAUCAAGAUACAUGCAAGAUAAAGGGGAGAUCCAUACAUAUUUAAAGAACAUUCAAUGCACAUUUAAAGCACU